AUGUUUAUGAAUAAGGUGUUUAGAAGAGGUAUUCACACUGUUCCUAGGUUGCCGGGCGUCUCUCGGCUCCUAGAAUCAGGGAUCCCACAUGUUAUGAGUGCGAACACAUUUAAGGCUACCUGGACUGACCAACAGCAACUAUUAUGUGAUAAACUUAGCUUAGCAUCUGCUGGCACCACUUUGGAAUCAUACUUGCCAUUCCAUUUGGUGCUACACACCGCUAAGAAACCAUAUCUAACGAACAUUUUCAACUUAGCCAGUGCCCUUCACAACAACCACUUGUUUGUGGAAAAUAUACUACCUAUGGAACAAGUUACACAACCAUCGCGUGAAUUUUUGCAAAGGGUGGAGACCCAGUAUGGCAUGCCAUGGGAAAACUUUAAGGAUGAAAUGGUCAGGCGUUCAGAAGAAGAUGUAUUGGGACAAGGAUGGCUUUUCCUAGUGGAGAAUGAUGCCAAAGAGUUACAUAUUCUAACUGUCCAAAAUAACGGUACUCCAUACUACUUUGCCAGAAAUCAAUCCUUUGAUUUGAACAGCGCCCUUUCUUUAGAAGACAUGGAACAGUUUGUCACUAUGAGAGACCUUUUAGCUACCGACCCUAACGUCAAGGACUGGACCAUGCCAGUUAUUGCUAUCAGCUUGUGGGACCAUGCUUAUUUGAAGGACUACGGUGUAAAGGGUAGAUCUCAGUUCGUGAGAAAGUGCUUAGACAAUUUGAAUUGGUCUGCCGUUAACAAUAGGCUAUUCUCCAAAAUGUAA